AUGAAUCCUGAAACAGACUAAUUGAAUUAUGAAUCAGAUACUCCAUAGCUUCCUUAUAAUUAUGAUGUAGAUGCUCGAUUUUAUUUGCCUAUAUCAAAUUAAAUUUACUAGAAAUGCUUUAAUCAAUAUACUUAUCAUCCACCAACCUUUUUACUUAUGCCAUCAUAACCAAUUUAUUAACCAUGUCCUUAAGUUAAGAAGACUAAGAAAAAGUAAGUUAAUAAUAAAGAAGUUCAAAUACUUAAAGCAAAAAUUAUGGAAUUAGAAAUGAGAUAACCUGAAGUUAAAAUAGUUAAAGAACUUGUCACUGAUACUGAAUAAGUUUAUAUAUAUAUAUAUCAUAAUUAUAUUAUAGAUUACUAAAUUAGAAAAAGAAUUACGAAUGGUUAAAAUAUAAUUAGAACAUGAACAUCAAAAUAAUGCAUAAAAAGAUAGAACCAUUUCUGAUCUCAGAGCAUAAAUCUAAAAAAAUGAUUUAUCUAGAAGUUCUAGUUUAGUAUCACUAUAAACAACACUUGUUGAAAGAGAAGUAUCAAUUAUAUAUAAUUUAUAUUCUUUUUAAAGAGAUAAAUUACUAAAUAAGAUGGAAUCAUUUCUUAAUUAUAAGCAGAUAUCAAUCUUCUAAGAGGAGAAUUAGAAGAUGCACAUCAUCGCAUUGAAGAAUUAUAGAUAACUCAUGAAGAAGUUACUGUUGAAAAAAUGACCUAUCUUUCUAAAGUAUUCAUUGAACUAUUUAUUAUUAUUAAAUAGGAAGUAGAAACAUGAAAACUAAAAUUCAUUAUUCUUAAUAGAGAAUAUCAUGAAACCUAAGAAAAACUUAUGUUAGCAGAAGCUGAAUUAGAAUCAAUCAAAAAAGGAGAAGUUAAAGAAGUUAAAGUAAUUCUAUUAAUCUUAUCUAGUAAAUUGUUGUUGAAAAAAAAGAUAAUAUUGGAAGAACUGUUAAUUAUAAAUAAUCACAAUUAGUUUAAGUUAGAAAAAGUGGAUUCUUAAAUACAUUAUAAUGAAUGA